ACCCCACUUUUAGUCUCUUUUUUUUUUUUUUUUUUAUUUUCAGAGUUGUCUGAUCAGUUUGAGGGGGGGGGGGGGGGGGGGGGGGGUGGAAGGGGGUUGGGGGGGGGGGUGUCUGUUGUUUAGUUUGACUAGGGUUUUAGUACUUUAAAUGAGCUAUUUAUGGUGUUGCAAGUUAAUGACUUAGUUCAGUUUAAUGCUUUUUUUGAGCUCUUUGGUGAACUGGGGUUGUGUUCUCUUGGACAUUGAGGAUGUGGGGUAGGGACUUUCUUUGUAAAUUUGAAAGCAUUGGAACUUGGUGUUUCUUGUUCUAUAUGGACUUUUUGUACUUGGGGCUUUUCUAGUUCUCUCAUAUCUGUAUUUUGCUUCUUUCUGAAUGACAUACUUUCCCUUUUCUACCUUUAGUCUUGGUACAAAAUUUUGUAUGUGAUAAAGAAGAAUCUUGUUUUUGUUUGAUAGGUUGGAUGAUGUUUGUUGAGAAACUAGCAUGUUGAAUUUCAAUGUUUUAGGUUGGUUUCUUGAUUCUCAAGUGCUGUGGUAAAAGAGAAGUCUUUGUUAAAUUUGGUAUACUUUCAAAAAUAUGGAUGUAGAAACCAAGAAUGAUAGUGAACCAGAAAAUAGGAGUGAUCAAGAAGUCUCAAUGAAUUAUCAGUCACCAAAUAUGUCUUCAGAAUGGCAAUUAAGUGGUAGCAAUUUGACUAAUGCAUCAUCUAUGGGAAUGGUGGAUUCAUUUUGUCCAACUACUUGGGAUCAGUCUACAAAUUCACCAAAUUUAGGCUUCUGUGAUGGUAAUGGUCAAAUGGAUUUAGGCCCUUUUAGAGUUGGUGUUGACAGAUCACUUGGUCCUAGUUGGACUUCAUCAAAUGCAAUGUUGUUGAAAGGGGGUAUGUUUCUACCUCCUGCUCCGAUGAUGCUUCCGCAGAGUUUAGCACAGUUUCCGACUGAUUCAGGUUUUAUUGAAAGAGCUGCAAGGUUUUCUUGCUUUAGUGGAGGGAACUUUGGUGAUAUGAACCCUUUUAGCAUCCCCGAGUCGUCGAUGAAUCCUUAUUAUAGGGGACUGGCACCAAUGCAGGGUCCUCAAGAGGUUUUGGCAAGUAAUGUGGCUGAAAGUUCCAAGGAUGUUUCUUUAACCGUCGACCAUACGGACACAGAGAGAAGCCCCCUCAAGAAUGAGAAGAAGAGGGAAAAUUUUGCCAAGUCCCAGGAUGAAGCAAGAGAAAUUGCGGGAGUCUCUGGGAAUGAGUCUGAUGAAGCUGGAUGUAGUGGCCGUCAAGAGGAAAUGGAGCGUGCCGGCGAGGGCUCCUACGGAAAGAAUAUUGGCUCAAAGAAAAGGAAAAGAGGUGGUCAGGAUACUGUACCUGAUCAAAUGAAGGAAGCACAACAGCCACCAGCCGAAUUUCUGAAAGGUGAACAAAACUUGAAUUCGAUUGCCAGCAAACCUGGUGGAAAGAAUGGUAAACAGGGGUCUCAAUUGUCAGAUCCAACCAAAGAAGAAUAUAUACAUGUUCGCGCUCGAAGAGGCCAGGCAACAAAUAGCCAUAGUCUUGCAGAAAGAAUAAGAAGGGAGAAAAUCAGUGAACGGAUGAAGUAUCUUCAAGAUCUUGUGCCUGGUUGCAACAAGGUCACCGGCAAAGCUGUGAUGCUGGAUGAAAUCAUUAACUAUGUACAGUCUUUGCAAAGGCAGGUUGAGUUCCUCUCAAUGAAGCUUGCAACAGUAAACCCACGGCUGGAUUUUGAUAUUGAUGGUCUCCUCGAAAAAGAUAUCUUCCGGUCUCAAGCAGGUCCUUCAUCCUCACUUGCUUUUCCACCUGAUAUGACCAUGCCAUAUCCUCCUCUACAUCCACCGCACACUGGAAUGCUUCAAUCUGGUCUUCCUAGUUACGGAUUUUCUAGUGAUGCAUUUCGUAGAGCCAUCAAUCCCCACUUAGCCACUACUAGUUGUGGACCUGGCGACUACAAGGAUCCUUCCUCCCAGGCCCCAAAUGAAUGGGAUACCGAGCUACAUAAUAUUGUCCAAAUGGGAUUAAAUUCAAGCGCACCCUUAUCUAGUCAAGAUUUAAGUGGUUCUCUACCAGCCGGACCGAUGAAAGAAGAACCAUGAACUCGUCAUAAAUACCAAAUAUGCUUAAAUUGCACUAGACACCCCCGUCCAGUAGUUCCCGGUGAGUCUGUACAGCAAGUCCAUUAUGAAACUUUUGUUAACGAUGCAUUCGCCUCUUCUUCCUGACACAACCGGCUAGCGCGAGAAUGAAAAUUUAUUCCACGAGAUUGACUGUGUUCCAUCAACGAAAGCAAAUGAAGGUUCAAGAACUAAUGUUUUGUUCGUACAUUCGUGAAUCUUUCGUUGCGGGGAUGGUUAUAUUCUUGUUCAUUCCAUGUUGAAGAACUUGAAAAUUGUAUGGCAUGGGAAAGUAAAUGAAGUUACAUAUGCUUCUUUUCUUCCAAAGCAUUAUUAUUUACAUGAAAACUUUGUUCAGUUACUGCAGAAUAAUACACAGAAUUUGAUCUU